UCCUCUGGACCAUAAGCCUUUGCAUUUUCUCGUUCCUAGACCGCCCCGUGUCAGCUCCAACAGCAAAUAGGAACAAGGCGGCUCUUCACUGGAUCUUCUGAGAGUCCUGCAAUCCAGCGGCACAGCAACUUCAGUUCCAUGGAGCAAUCCCGUUGCGACGUGACGGCCCAAAAGUUUGGAUUGAUCUAUGCGCAUAUCAACGACCUGCGGUGCGACCCGUCUCGGACCGAGCCCUUAUUGUUCGCAGCAUUCUCUAGGGUCCAGCGAUCCUUCACAUGCUGUUGAUAGACGAGCCCGACGCGCUCGGUUCUCGGCCCCCGCAUUCACUCCUGUGCCGCAAUAUGCUCCGGCGGAUAUCACACCGAUUUUGGAGGCCCCUGUCAAAAAUGGACCAAUGUGCUCGCGAUCCGCCAUGCACCCCAUCCACAAAGGAAGUAUCGGCUCACCUGCAGCAAUGGAGGACUCUUACCAAAUUAUAUUGUGUUGGCGAAUAUCGAGAUACUAUCCUACAUGAGCAGAUUUUGAUCCUUGUGCUCAUGAUAUAUUGCAUGCCGCAAGGACGGAGACGUCCACUUCACGGCUUGGAAUGUUAGGGCCGUGCUACACAACGUCG